CUGACAGUUCUUAUAAAGCUCUCAGUGUUGUCAGUGUCUUCUGUGGCCCUGCAGGCCUAUAAUCACCCCUUCUCUGCUCACAUAAUCUCUGACCAGAUAUAUGCAAAUAUGUCUAGGUUCUCUAUCAAUGAUCCUCACAUCACAGUGCAUUUCUGCAAUCUCAUU